AUGGCUCUAUAUGAAGCGUUAUACGGUUGGCCUUGCAAGACCCUUGUGUGUUGGAAUGAAGUUGGAGAACGGAAGUUAUUGGGUCUAAAGUUAGUUCAGCAAACCUCUGAGAAUGUAAAUCUUACUAGGGAUAACCUAAAAGUCGCUCGAGAUAGACAGAAAAGUUAUGCUAAUAAGCAAAGAAGAGAACUAGAAUUCGAGGUCAAAGAUCAAGUAUUUCUUCAAUUACCUCUGUGGAAAGGAAUUCUCAGGUUUGGAAGAAAAGCAACCUUCAGAACUAGCUCCUAUACAUGGUGUAUUCCAUGGUUGAGGAAGUAUGUGUCUGAUCCUACGCAUGUGUUAAGAGAACAACCAGUUCAGCUCAAAGAGAAUUUUUCAUACGAAGAGGAACCAGUUGAGAUUUUAGAGAGAAAUGAACAGGUACACAGGAACAAGACGAUACCUCUAGUGAAAGUGUUAUGGAACAAUCAUGCCAAUGAGGAGGCAACCUGA